UCAUGUGGUGGCAUAUGCGCCGUACUAUCGGCGCGCUGACAUGUUCCAGCUUUGCUGUCCCGUCCAUUUUUCUGAUACGCGCGAAUUGAGUGGAAGUUUCUUCAAGAGAGUAGCAAAUACUUUUAUCAAAGGAAACGACGAUGUCUCUGACAGAUGUAAUGGAAGAUGUUGACUACAAGAGGAAGAACUUCAACCAUGACGAUGUUUUGUACCGCCACCCGCUGCACAUGACGGAGGCGCACUUUGUGUAUCACCUGUCACGUGACCCCGAAGGCCAUCUAACCUGCAACAAAGACAGCAAUGGAGAGUUCAUCUGUUCUCCCAGACGUCUCAAACAGUUGUGUAUGCACAGACUCGUCAUCAAUCCAGCCAGGAUGCAGAAAUUCAAAUAUCACGAACUUCCACACGAUAUCUACCCAGCACUGCUGAGUGAAGCCAUUUUCCAGAGAGAAUUACAAGCCAUCACAUUCUUUGUUUCCACCUGGCCCCACAAGAUGCUAGACAUUCAGAGCAUCGUUCCCCAGGAAGACAUUCUGAGGUCAGGCUACUUGACCCGACCUGUGGAAGGUCAAGGUAGCAUGUCGCUAGUCGACAGUAUUAUCAUGGGACUCUUGAACAUUAAAGCUCAUGCCAAGGUACAGACUGUGAAUUUCAUUGGAUUUAAAAAUGAUCGGAAGCUGUGUCGAGAGUUGGCAAGGCUCCCCAUCCUGUGGCUGAACCCCAGUGACAGACAGGCGGGCUACAUUCACAGCCUCCUCCGCAGAUCCAUCAAUCUGUCCAAAGACAAAGUACAACGCUACCUCAAUAGAAUCGGUUGUAUUUACUCCUUGCUGGACCCUUGCUUUCGUCAUGGCAACAAGAUUGGUCCGAUAACCAUCCUGAUUGACUGUAAGAUAACGCUGGAUGAUGUACCAAUUGGCCUGGCCUUGCAGUACGAGACACCCUUCCGGUUUGCCUGCAAGAGACUGUGGAUGGAGCCCAUCCUUGAGGUGGUGCUGCCCCCUAAUGUCAUCAACAGGGUGCUGGAUCCACGGCACAUCACCCACUUCGAGCUGACUGACGAGAACUUAUGUUCUGACCUGACAAAGUUCGACCUUGUCCUUGAGGGCCUCUUGCUGCUGCCUGGCUUGCAAGCCUUGAGCCUCCACAACAGCUUACACACCAAUCUGCACGUCAACGCAGCCUACGAGCUGAAUCAGACAUUACAGCAGAUGAACCAGCUACGUAAACUCAACUUCUCCUCGUGUACUCUCCGGGACAACCUUGACAGCCUCCUGAGCAACUUGGCCAUGCCCCUCAUCUACCUGAACCUCCGGGACUGCCGCCUCACCACAGUGGACAUGCAGUUCCUGUAUCAAUGGCAGCCUGUUGAAGGUCUACAGGAACUCAAUCUCAGCCGGAACAAUCUUACAGCUGUUGCCCUACUGACAGUAGGCUUCCUUCAGAAGAUGCCAAAAAUUUCCUGUUUCUCAGUAUCCUAUUGCUGUUUCUCGCCCAUUGCCUUGAAGCAGGUCACACGAAGAUCUGUGGACUGUUCUCAUUUGAAGAUCAUUGGACUCCAGGCUUUUACCCCUUCCCCUCUGCCGGAUCUUCGGGAGAUGCUGGAGGACUGUGCUAACAUUCCAACUCUUCAGAGAUGCAGUCUGUUGCCGGAGGCGUAUGCUUUCCCUGGUUGUAAUGAAGCUAUGAGAACAGCCAAUAGGGAGGGAAUCUUGAACAUCUGUUGUCAGUUGUUGGACGAGAUGGGCAGGACUGACAUUGAGUUGGAAUGAGGAUGGGAGGAGCAAUAGGCUGUACUCAUCUGGUGGGGGUUCAGGUGGUGCUGGAGGUCCGGGGAUGAUGGUUCACCGACACUUUGGGUCUCUGAUAUUGAGACAUUUCGGGAAAGGGAUGUCUGAUUUGGAGGGCUGUAUGAUAUGAGAUAUCGAUUGGAGUAGGAUCUCUUAUAUCGGUUGUUUGUAGGGGGUUUUCAGUAGGGUGUAUGAUAUAAAACAUUCUUGAAAGUAGGCUCUCUGAUAUCAGGAUAUUGUUUGUGGGAUUUUUUUAUGUGGAGGGUUGAAACACAUUGGGGCAUUGUUUGAGUUGGGUCUCAGGCAUUGGAAAAGUCAUAGAUUCAAGUCUCUAUGAAAACAGGACAUUGUUGGGACUAGGAUGUCUGAUCUGGAGAGCUGAAGAACUUUGGGAUAAUACUGGGAGUAUGGUGUUUGAUGUAAGACAUCCUAGAGUGUAAGGUCUUUGAUACUGGGAUAUAUUACAGGGUAGGGUGUCUUACUAUGGGAUACUGUUUGGAGUUGACUGGAUACUGUUUGGGAGUAGGUUGUUUGAUCUGAUGGGUUGAGACACCUUGGGGUGUUGUUUGGAGUAGGUGUCCAGCACCGGUACAUAGCUGGAUGUGGUCUCUAUCAUUCUGGGACAUUGGUAGGAGCAUUGUCUAUGAUAUUUGGACAUUGUUUAACGUAUAUUGUUUUUGCCUGAUGGGUUGAAACACCUUGGGACAAGUUUGGUAGUAGGUCUUUGAUAUUUGGACAUUGGGACAUUUCUGAUCUGGACGAUUGAAGCACUUUGGGACAUUGUUGGCAGUAAAGUGUUUUUUAUAUUGGGAAAUGUUUUGGAGUAGGGUGUCUGUUGUUGGAGUUUUGUAUGGAAUACGGGCUGAUAUUGAGACUGUUUAGAGAAGGGACUGAAAUCUUGUGGGAUGAAGCACCUUGGUACAUGUGUGUUUGUUGGUUCUCUGAUAUUUGGACAUUGUUGGGAGCAGCUUGUCUGAUCUGUUGGGUUAGAUCACGUUGCUACACUGUUGAGAGUUGGCUUUCUGAUGUUGCGGGUUGAAGCUCAUUGGCAUGAUAUUUUUGGAGCAAGAAUGUUUUGAAGACACUCCAUGGACAGACAUUGUUGUAUUGGAUUGAAGUCUGAUUCUUGAAGACUGUGUGUGAUGAUUUUUGUUGGGUUAUGCUCUAGAGAUGUCCACUGGACCCUCUGGAGAUUUGCAGGGGCGUAGCUACCAUUACAAAAAAAAGCCAGGGCUUACACAUGAUUUUUGCUAAAAGGGAUAGACAAGCCCUCAAUACUAUCUAAAUGUAAAGCUUUGCAACCUAUCAGGCUUACAUGAAAUAAUUGGCUUGCUACGUACCUGAUUUGUUGGGAUGAAGCUUCAAGAGACACUGUUUGGUUGAAGAAUCCCCUGAUUCCAUAAACAGUUAUGGCAUUCACUUUGAAUGGAUCUGUUCUAGGACAAAAGAUUAAGAACAUGUUGAGUGAGAAUCUCAUAAGUUGGUCACAAGUUUAGUGAAUAAACCACUGAAUCUUUCAGCUAAAUUCAUGUAUAUUUAUGGAUCAUACCACCAAUUGAGGCCAAAGGGUCAUUUGGUCCAUGAGCAUGCAUGGUUUUGGCUGAAACAUGUGGACUGACCAAGUAUCUAUGGUCUCUGUCUUCAAGUAAGAGAAGGCCUGUGGGAAUUCCAUGUCAGAAUAGGUAUACAUGGUCCGUUUGAUUUCAUUUAAGACCGAUGAAUUGCUCACUAAC